AUGGCGGAGCGCGAUGCCCAACCUCAACAUAAAUCCGAGAAUUGGACUCUCGUGGAGCCUACCGCUGGGCGGGGUCGAGGCUCAGCCUCCCCGAGGGAUUUGGAAGAGCCUCGGAAAAGUAGGCAGGGGGGACAUGGAACUGUUUAUCUUCAAAGGAACAGGGCGACCGAUAAGCUUAGAGCUGUCAAGACGUUGCAACGGGAGUAUCUGGAAGAAAGGCCCGGAGCAGGUUAUUUGCGGGAACUUCAGGUGUUAACGGUUGUGAGCGAGCGUCCAGAUCUGUUUGCAGUUUACUCUCGAGGCUAUAAUGAUAGUUCGAAGGAUCUUAUUCCCAUUUCCACAGAAUUUCAUCGGGAUGGCGACUUGGAGAAAUAUCUCGAGGACCAAGGGGCAUUGGGAGACGAGUCUGCUAAAAGGAUUACCAAGAACCUUCUGGAGGCGCUUGAGUUUCUACACGAGAAAGGAAUAAGUCAUCGCGAUGUGAAGCCGGAGAACGUCCUUAUAGUAUCUAAAGUUCCGCUGAGUGUCAAGCUCACCAACUUCGCAAUAUCAGUAUUCUCAAAGCCGUCAGGUGGCAGUACGAUAAGCCUUCGACAAGGAACCUUGGCUUAUAUGGCACCGGAACUUUUUGGAAUAUUUGGGAGGGAAAUCGGAUGCACAAAUCCCGCGGACAUUUGGGCUUUGGGCUGCCUCUUAUUCAAAAUGUUCACACUAAAAACACCAUUCAUGGAACGACAGGCAGACGAUAUGAAAUCUACGAAGAUUUCCACUUCCUCUGGUAUCCUAGCUUCGUCUAAACCUAUACCUACAGAUAUGAAACUAUUGGUAGAUUUCUGCAAGGGAGCAAUACCUCUUCCAAGGGAUUAUUUACAGUCCAGAGCGAGCAAAGAAGCCGUGCUAUUCUUAAAGAAGUUGUUAGUGGCAGACCCAAGACUUCGAAUCUCUGCUACGGCUGCGCUAAAAUCUUGGUGGAUGAUCGAUUUGCAAACAGCUUCAGAAACUGGACAGACCGGGGUGGUGAAGCAGUUACUUCAGAUGGGAGAAAGAGCUGACGCCGGAACGGCGAUAGUAUUGGCUGCAAGAAAUGGACACAUUGAGGCGGUAAAAUUACUUUUAAUCCACGGCCGCGGGGCCAGUAUUGGCGGUCAAAAAGCGCUUCAACUCGCAGCUGAGAAUGGCCACGCAGAUGUAGUCAGACUGCUCAUAGAGAAUGGGCACCGAAAAAAUUGCCAACGAACGCUCCAACUAGCAGUAAAGAAUGGACAUGCUGAAGUGGUGGGGUUGCUCUUAGGAAGUGGGUUCGAUGCUAACCCUUUGUACUAUGGGCCCCUAAUGCUUCAAGAAGCAGCAGGAAGAGGGCAUUUUGAAGUCGUAAGAGAGCUUUUGAAAAACGGGGCGGAAGUCAAUCCAAUACCAGGCGAGCCUUAUGAGCAAACAGCGUUACAAGCAGCAGCAAGAAACGGACAUCGUAAGGUUGCGAUGUUACUGUUAAACGCUGGAGCUGACGUCAAUGCCAAACCGGGAAAGCUUUAUGGUCAAACGGCCCUUCAAGCGGCGUUAGAAACGGGACACUUGAGAAUGGGAAAAUUGCUACUAAAGAACGGAGCCAAUCCUAAUGUCUGUUACCAUGGACCUACAACUCUGACAGCAGCAGCCGGAAGUGGAAUCUACGACUGGGUGAAGUUGUUGUUAGAGAAUCGGGCUGAAAUAAAUGCCAAACCAGGUGAGCGCAACGGAAAAACGGCGCUACAGGUAGCUGCAGAAUUAGGGUACACAGAGAUAGUCACAUUACUCUUAGACUACGGAGCCAAUGCCAAUUUUCGAUAUCAUGGACCCACGGCACUUCAGUUAGCAGCUGAGAAUGGCCAUUUUGAGGUUGUCAAGGAACUUUUGGCGAAGGGAGCUGAAGUCAAUGCCAAGCCAAGCAAACCCUUUGGAAGAACGGCAUUUCAAGGGGCAGUGGAAGGUGGACAUCUUUUGACAGCGAACCUACUCCUUGAAGAAGGGGCUGAUAUCAACGCCUGGUAUUCUGGAUUCACAACACUGCGUUUUGUAGCAGGAAAUGGGAAUGCCAAAGCUGUGUCAUUUCUCCUGACACACGGAGUCGAUAUCCACGCUAAACCAGGCAAGAAAUCUAAAAAAACACCGCUACAAGCAGCCGUGAAGAAUGGACACUUUUCGGUAGUUAAAUUACUUCUCGAGGGCGGACAUGUUACGCGUGGUCAACAUACUUUGAGAUUGGCGGCGAAGAAAGGGAGGGUCGAUAUUGUAAGAUUCCUGCUGGAUACAAACGUCGACGGAAAGCCCAGACAUCGUGGGCAUGCAUUAGAAACGGCGGCGGCAAACGGUCAUCUUGGAGUUGUGCAGAUACUCUUAGCGAAUAUCGAGGCAUCUGAUGAACCAUGGAAGAGCUAUGGAAAACUCGCAUUGGACGCGGCAAUCGAACACAACCACGUUGGAGUUAAGAGGUUACUACUAGAUAGCGGAUUCACACCUAGUCGGAGGACCACCCCGUAG